AUGGACGGCUACCCACUUAUGGUGACGGAAUGGAUACUGCCACCGGAGCUUCGGCGUCCGGCGGAUUCGCAACGGACGGCAGAGAACCAAACGUACGCCGUGGAAGCGAAGAGCACUGAGGUGGCCCGUGUGCGCAGGGCCCUUCGGUGCAUGUGCGUUUUGCGCUGCCGCGGUAGGGCAAUUCAGGCGUCUGUGGUGACGGCUGGUGCGGCGGCAACGGCGGCAGGGCGUGCAGCGCGCUGA